GGCCCGCGGACGCGCCAGUCUCCCCCAGCCCCCGGCCGCGAGCGCACACCCCCUCCUCCACCAGCGCCGAGCUCACGCGGCCUCCUGUACCCCCACCAGGGCGCACCAGGGCGCCCGUCCUUGCCGUUCAGGAGGAUCCCGUCGCCGCGGGGACGACAUCGGACCCGGCGCAGUGUUGUGGAAGGCCGCCGCCAGUCGCCAUGUAGCCGGCCAUCACCGACAGCGCGCUAGCAUACCUCGGAACAGAGCCAUGAGGGACAAGGCAGACGACAGCCUGGCGCCGCCGACGGCCCUCACCAUCCCCGUCCCGGCGGCCCCGGGCCCCGACACCUCCAAGUUCAUCAUGAGGAAGAAGCCGCACACACUGCCUCCGCUAGAGAAGUUCCGGAGCCUGGAGGGCCGAGGCUCGCCCGUCCCCCAGGCGCGGCGGCGGUCGAGCAUCGAGGAGCAGCUGCUGCAGGACGACGGGCAGGUGGUGUCCGCUGACGGGAGACCUCUCAUCCGCCUCACCAAGUGCACCGACGACUCCGGGGGCGGCAGCGGCGGCGGGCUGCGUCUUCCGCUCCCGAAGCAGGGUGCCGCCUCCCCAGGCCCCGGCGCGCCACCUCAGCUGUCCCCGAUCACCAACCGCUACACGCCGCUGCAGCCCAUCCGGAGGGGCGGCGAGGGCGCCGGCGGCAACAUCAACAACAAUACUCCCUAGGAAUAGAAGCAGACCCCAUUGAUUUCGCUUUAUAUGUUAAGCAGAUACGCUGGUCGAUGUAAAAAAAAUCAUAUUGUCUAUUUUAUUCUUUUUAUUGGAUGCCCUUCGAGGAUGAGUGUAAAAUAUAUUUAGCUCAGCGAUACUCUGUGCUCCUGGUGUUACUACCUCUGGAGCGUGGGGUAUACGCGUACCCUGAAAGGAUGGCGAGUGGGUGAGGCGCGCUUGUAUUUUAUAACCAUGAAAAUAAUUUUUAAUACAUUUAUCUUCCUCUUUCGUAACCGUAAGGCUUUGCUUGCGCCUGCGAACUAAGUAGAAUUUGGUACCUCAUUCCAUUUCUAAAAAUAAUAUAUAAGCAGCCAAGAGUAAUUCAAAAAGAUUUUGAACGUUUGGUUAGUGCAAGACGGAUAGUUAUCUUAAAAGCACACAUUUUUUUCAAACUUCCAAAGUUCUUUAAAUGUAGCAUUGUGUUCUCCUGAAAACCAUUGAAAGUAGAGGGAAUGGCUUCACCUUUAUAGGAAAUAUUUCCAUAUUUCCCUUUCUUCUGACCCUGCCAAUUUUCUUCUUGCACUUUUGUCUCAUCUCAUUAUCAAAAUGUAGCCAACAAAUCAUGUCGUGGAAUAGUGUGUUUAAACAAAGAAACAAUUUUUUCUUCCUACUCCUACUUUAAUUGUUAUUUAAAACCGUAAUCCAGACACCACCCCUCAGGAAAACAUUAAUUUUGAAAAUAUAAGAAAGACCAUGUAAUAAUAUAAAGAAUUGGUCAUGA